CUGCCCCGUCCCUCCCCUCGGCCGGGCGUGGAGGGGGGGGACGGGGACGAGGACGAGCCAUGGCGGCGGCGAGCGAGCCCCGCGGGGCCUGCUACGACGCCAUCGUCAUCGGCGCCGGCAUCCAGGGCUCCUUCGCCGCCUACCACCUGGCCAAGCGGGGCAGGGACACCCUCCUGCUGGAGCAGUUCCUCCUGCCCCACGCGCGGGGCAGCUCGCACGGGCAGAGCCGCAUCAUCCGCAGCGCCUACCUGCAGCAGCACUACGCCCGCAUGAUGCCCGAGAGCUUCCGCCUCUGGCAGCGCCUCGAGGACCGCACCGGCACCCGCCUCUACAGGCGGACGGGGCUGCUGGUGCUGGGGGCGCCCGGGGAGCCCCAGUUCGAGCGGUGGCGGCGGGCGGCGGCUCGGCCCCGAGGCCCCGCCGAGGAGCUGGACGCCGCCGCCCGCCGCCGCCGCUUCCCCGGCCUCGGGCCCGGCGGCGACGAGGCGGCGCUGUGGGACGGCGCGGGCGGCGUGCUCCACGCGGACCGGGCGCUGCGGGCCGUGCAGGAGCUGUUCCGCCGCAGCGGCGGCACCUUGCGCGACGGCGAGAAGGUGCUGGGCAUCGAGCCGGGCGCCCUGCUCGCCGUGAGCACCUCGGCCGGCGUGUACCGGGCCCGGCGGCUCGUCGUCGCGGCCGGCGCCUGGAGCAGCCAGCUGCUGGCACCGCUCGGCCUCCGGCUGCCGCUGCAGCCCCUGCGCGUCCACGUCUGCUACUGGAAGGAGAAAGUGCCCGGGAGCUACAGCGCCGAGCGGCCCUUCCCCUGCUUCAUGGCCGUGGGGCUGCCCCAGGCCCCCCACGGCGUCUACGGGCUGCCCUCCUGCGAGUACCCGGGGCUGGUCAAGGUGUGCUACCACCACGGCAGCCCCACCGACCCCGACCAGCGGGACCGCCCGGCCCCGGGCGACGGCCGCCGCGACGUGGCCCUGCUGUGCCGCUUCGUGGGCUCCUACCUGCCGGGGCUGGAGCCCGAGCCGGCCCUGCUGGAGCCCUGCCUCUACACGAACACCCCGGACGGAGACUUCAUCCUGGACCGGCACCCCAAGCACAGCAACAUCAUCAUCGGGGCCGGCUUCUCGGGCCACGGGUUCAAGCUGGCGCCGGUGGUGGGGAAGCUGCUGUGCGAGCUCAGCCUGGGCGAGGAGCCGUCCUACAGCACGGCGCCCUUCAGCAUCGGCCGCUUCCCCGGCGCGCUCCGGGCCGCGCUGUAGGUCGGCAGCCGCGGCCAUGCCUGUGUCGCGCCGGGCUGGCGGCUGCAUGCCCAGAGCGGGGCAUCCCGGCGUCUCUGCAUCUUUGCACCCCACAUCCCAGCAUCCCUGCAUCCCGGCAUCCCUGCAUGCCUGCAUCCUUGCACCCCACAUCCCAGCAGCUCCACAUCCCGGCUUCCCAGCAUCCCCAUAUCUCUGCACCCCACAUCCCGGCUUCCCAGCAUCCCCACAUCCCUGCACUCUGCAUCCCUACGUCGCAGCAUCCCUGCACCUCACAUCCCAGCAUCCCCACAUCCCAGCUCCCCAGCAUCCCUGCAUCCCACAUUCCGGCUUCCCAGCAUCCCCACAGCCUAGCAUCCCAGCAUUCCCUCACCCUGCAUCCUGGCAUCCCAACAUCCCCACAUCCCUGCACCCCAGCAUCCCCACGCCGCAGCACCUCAGCCUCCCGCCAUCCCGGCCCCCCGGCCCCCUUGCAGCCCUGCACACGUGCUUCUCCGUGUCGCUGCAUCCCGGCAUCCCUAGUGCUGCGCGGUGCCGGAGCCGGCUCUGCCGAGCACCCGCUCCCACAAAACGAAUUAAGGAGCUUUGUCAGCGGCACGAAGAUGGAGCUGGUGCAGCGCAGAGAGACACACUCGCUUAGGAGUCAACUUAAAUGUUUUAAUGUUAAAUGUGCCAUUUUAUUAUCAUUAGAUCGCUCCCACUUAAUGAAAGCGCAUUAGCGCAGCGCAGCUUUUUAUGGCAGCGCGCGCCGA